GCGUAACCUGAGCCUGCGCUCGGCUCUUUAAAGGAAUGAAGGAUGAACUUACUGAAUGGGGAUCAGGCUCACCGGAUUCUACACUGCAGACGAGAGAAGAUUAAGAGGACGGAGGGAAGCAGAAUGAAAGUUUUGGGCGGCAGGUUUCGGUUGCAAACGAAUGCGAGUGAGCGACUUGUCAAUGCGUGAUGCGCCGCGCGUAACAGUUGCACGCCAAGUUUUGGCGGUCUAGAGAAGAGACAGUUGCAAGUUUGCGGUGGCUGCAGAUGGCAGAGGUGAUGGAAGGCACUGUGGCAGGUGCAACGGUGGCCGUGCCCAGCGCUGGCGUGGACUGGCACAAGCGAUGUGUCGCCCUCGAGAUGCAGCUGCUCCGCUUCCGCCUGCAGGCCGGCAAAAUCCGGCAGCUCCUGGCUGAGAAGAUGCAUGAGCUGGAGCAGAGAGUGAGCGAGGCUGACCGGCGGGCCGAUAGCGCAGAGAAGCAGGUCCAAAUCAUGGAAGAAAAGCUUAAAUCAGCUAACGCGCAGCCCACUGAAUCAGAAAGCUCCUUGUACAGCCGAUAUCAGGAGCUGACCAGUCAGCUGCAGGAAAAAGAUACGACGAUAAAGAGACUGGAAGCGCUGCUGGAAAAACAGAGUUUGGUCCGAGCCCAAGAAGCCAAGAUUAUAGAGGAGAAGGCAGCCAAAAUCAAAGACUGGGUUACUUUCAAGCUACGAGAGAUGGAGAUGGAGAACCAGCAGUUAAAGCUAGCCAAUGUAAAGCAGGCGGAACACAUUCAAACCCUGCUGGAGAGGCCCACAUCACCUGGUUCUCCCAGGUCUCCAGAUGCCCACCUGGUGCCUUCCAGCCCCCUGCACCCCCCCAGCUGCCCUGGUACACCCCCUAUUCAGGAUGAGGGCCAGAAAUCGACAGGCAUAUCUGUGCCCAACUCUGCAACAGAUGGUAAGAGGAAGCCACUGGAGUGUUUGGACUCUAUCUUCCAGAACGCAUUAAAACACCCUCUUCUCCAAGGCCGAGGAGAUGGCCUCCUCAAGUUCAGCCCAGAGAGAGGUGAUGCAGCAGGCGUUACCAUGGCGACGGAAGUGAGGGAGGGGCCUGGGGCUUCCGCAGCGGUCACGCGGAAGAGAGGAGCGGAAGGAACCUCGGACAGAGAUCGCUCCUCUGACGAGCUCAACAGCAAAUUCCGCUCCCAGCGCCUUCGCUCCUCUUCUUCCUCCUCCUCCUCUUCCUCCUCGUCCUCGUCUUCCUCCUCUGGCUCUGACACGCCUAUUGCCGCUCCCAAAAGCCCCCUCCCUGUGUGCGCCCCUCUGUCUGUGGGCUGCGGACUUCGGCCUGGGCCUCCCGCACAGGCUCUGCCCUCCGGUGCCAGUAUGACUUUGCCCAAGGCACGCACUCCCCUCACACCCCGCGACAGCAUCCAGCUCGUGAAGAAGCACCACAGUCAGCCCCAGCCGGGCCUGGAGUGCCUCCACCAGGUCAGCGUCAGCAUAGACAUCGGCUCAUGCGCGUGCCCGUCGCUGGCCCUGGCUUCUGUGUCAACGCUGGGGGUGGAGGAGACCGACAUCGACGGGGGACCCCCCGAGAGCAUGGAGGGCGUGGUGGAGGGGUUCUCGGGAGAGGCAGUGCCCCACGACGGGGCCUCGUUCCUGGGUUUGGUGGAGGAACUGGAGAAGCUGGAUCCAGAUGCGGCGAAACCACCUCCUCCACCGCUGCACCGCUUUCCCUCCUGGGAGAGCCGGAUCUACGCAGUGGCAAAAUCUGGUAUGAGAGUGUCAGAGGCCAGCCCUGGAGCCAGGAACACGGGGAAAGGGUCCGCCCUGCCUCAGUAUCCUGCAUCAGGUCCUUUCACCCACCUCAUCUACAAGAACAUCAGUGUGCCUGUCUACACCACACUGAAAGGGAGAGCCACUCAGAUCAGCAGCACACCUCUCCCGGAUGAAGAUUCUGGCUCGGAGGACGACAGUGGCUCACUAGCCAGUCUCCGCACCUCCACUCUGGGGCUGGAGAGGAAGAGCAGUACCCCGGGGAGCCCUCGUGCCGUGAAGAGAGGUGUGUCCAUGUCCUCGGUCAGUUCCGAGAGCGAUUACGCCAUCCCUCCCGACGCCUACUCGCUGGACAGCGACUACUCGGAGCCCGAGCAGAAAGUUCAGCGCACGUCCUCCUACUCUUGCGAGAGCGCAGGUCUGGAGACUCUGGAGAAGUCUGGGUACCUGCUAAAGAUGGGCAGCCAAAUGAAGGCAUGGAAAAGGCGCUGGUUCAUCCUGAGGAACGGCGAGAUCCUGUAUUAUAAAUCACCAAGUGACGUGAUCCGAAAGCCUCAGGGCCAGAUUGAGCUCAACGCUUCCUGUCGGAUAGCCCGUGGAGAGGCAGCACAGACAUUCCAGUUAAUCACAGAGAAGAAGACGUUCUACCUGACAGCAGACUCCCCGAACAUCCUGGAGGAGUGGAUCAGAGUUCUUCAGAACAUUCUCAAAGUCCAGGCCAGUGGGCCUAUCACCAUGGAGACACAAGCCAAACCCACAGUGCGUGGCUGGCUUACUAAGGUCAAACAUGGUCAUUCGAAGCUCGUGUGGUGCGCUUUAAUAGGAAAGGUGUUUUACUACUACCGGAACCAGGACGACAAGUUCCCAUUAGGCCAGCUUUAUGUGCGAGAGGCGCGGGUAGAGGAGGUGGAUAGGUCCUGUGACUCUGAUGAGGACUACGAGGCAGGUGGGCGGGGCUUCCUCUCUUCUCACUGCACACUAGUGGUCCAUCCUAAAGAGCAAAGCCCCACCUACCUGCUCAUAGGCACCAAACAAGAGAAGGACACCUGGCUGUACCACCUGACGGUGGCAGCGGGCAGCUGUGCCAGCCUAAAGGUGGGCACGGAGUACGAGCAGCUGAUUGGCCAGCUGCUGGACGUGGACGGAGACCCAGACUCUACUCUGUGGAAAGAGGAGGUCCUGUGCUUCAGUAAGGAAGGCUUGUGUUCCCCUCUGACCACCCUGCCUUCUGAGGCACUUCAAACAGAGGCCCUCAAGCUCUUUAAGUCGUGUCAGCUGUUUAUCAACGUGUUAGUGGAGGCCCCCUCCAUUGACUACCACACUUCGCUGGCCCAGAGUGCACUGCAGGUGUGCCUGACCCACCCAGAGCUGCAGAACGAGAUGUAUUGUCAGCUGAUCAAACAGACCAACCAACGCAUGCCAAACAACUACUCUCUCACACAGUGCUGGCAGCUGCUGUCUGUGUGUGUGGCUCUUUUCCUGCCACAACAUCGCUUCCUGUGGUACCUGAGACAGUACCUGCAAAGAAACGCUGAUCCCAGGAGUGAAGUAGGAAAGUAUGCAGUGUACUGCCAGCGGUCAGUGGAGAGAGCACUGCAGAACGGGGAGAGAGAGGCCAAGCCGUCACGCAUGGAGAUUCUGUCCAUUCUGCUGAGAAACCCUUACCAUCACUCGCUGCCCUUCAGCAUACCCGUGCACUUCAUGAACAACACAUACCAGGUGGUGGGCUUUGAUGGCUCCACUACGGUGGAAGAGUUUGUGAACACACUGAACCAGAGGGCAGGCAUAAGGAAGCCCCAGCUCUGUGGCUUCGCCCUCUUCACCGACGACCCAUCCAGGAAAGACCUGGAGUACUGCCUCCAGCCUGUGGCCAAGAUCUGCGAUGUGAUCUCCAAGUGGGAACAGGCCCUGAAAGAGCUGCAACCUGGGAAGUAUGAGGGGACACGCAUCGUGCGUCUAACGUACAAAAGCAGGAUCUGCUUCCGAGCACAGGCUAAAGGAGAAACGGAGAGAGAGCGCCUCCUGCUGGCAUAUCAAGUGAAUGAAGAAGUGCACCAAGGUCACUUUCCUGUCAACAAGGAGCUGGCUCUGGAAGUGGCUGCACUGAUGGCCCAGGUUGAACAUGGGGACUUGGACCGGGCGCUGGCGUCUCCCACCGGAUCACCCCAGCCUAAGAUCCACCAGAUCCUUCUGCAAGUUCUUGAGCGCUUCUACCCCAAACGGUACAAGCAGGACUGCAGCAUGGAGCAGCUCAGGGAGCUGGCGGAGCAGCUGGCCACGAAGUGGUCCGUCUUACGGGGGUGCACUUCUGCCGAGUGUGUGAGGAUCUACCUGACUGUGGCUCGCAAAUGGCCGCUGUUUGGAGCCAAGCUGUUCAGUGCCAAACCUCUACCCCCUUCUAUGUUGGAGCAGAAGCAGGUGUGGCUUGCUGUCAGUGAGGAUGGGUUAAGCCUAUUAGAUUACACCAUGCACCUGUUGGUCACCUACCCAUACCAGUCAGUUUUCACUUUUGGGGGUUGCAAAGAGGACUUCAUGGUGGUGAUCAGCCAGAAUAAAGAGCAAGCGCUGGGGAAGAGGACUGUGGAUAAGCUUAUUUUCGCAAUGGCUAAACCAAAGAUCCUGGAGUUGACCCUGCUGAUGGCCAGCUAUAUCAACUACUGUGGUAUUCCAGCAGGGGGGAGCCAAAUGCAGCCCUCCCCACUGGGCUCUCGGGGAGACGGGAAGUUGUGGGACAUGGACGGCAGGCACUUCCCCUCCAUGACGUACACGACCAAAGGCCCCACGCUUUUAUGAGGUCCCUCAAGGUCUGAUAACAGUCAGCCUGACCUCACACAUGGUGCUGGGAGCGCUACCUACAAGUGUCUGCUGUACAGCACUCUUAAGGGGUCGCCCUAGCCUAAACUGUACGCUGUAUUUUACAUUUGCACAGACUGCAGAUUUUGAGGAAAGGGAGGACAUGCCUGAUCAUUCAAAAUGCGAAAUGUGAACAGCUCAAAUACCUGGAAAAAUGAAGGACAGGCAGUCCCUUUUUCUAAGCUACACAUUCCUGGGGCCCUUAUGGUGAGGCACUCCGAGGGAGGAACUUUGGGGCUCUCAGCCUUCUCUCUUGCCUACUUUUAAAUCUUUCCGUCAUAACCGAGUUAAAAGAAAUCUUGUGCUUGGAAAGGGGGAAUGUGAACCACCAAAUCAAGGUGCUUUCAAGGGUGACUAAGGUUGUUUUCACAUGUAGUUAUUUUUAAAUAAACCAAACUCAUUUCUGCAAAAGGGAA